UGAUACAUCUUCUAACCAACAGCUCCAAGAAGAGUGAAAGUGAAACUGAACUAAACCUUUGACUCUUUAGGUAACUGAAUUUGUGUUUAUAGCAACGGCGGAAGAGGUUGGAAAAAAACGCGCGUUAGCAGUUAGCUGCGAUGUUUGCAAUGCAAGGGUUCAUGUCUACGGCUAUAAUGAACACCGACUCCUGGGAGGGAAAUAGGACGGUGGUUGUGUCCGGUGUACCCGACGUGUUACCCGUUAGCAGGAUGGCUGACAAGCUGACUAUUCAUUUCCAAAGCUGCAGGAGGAGUCGUGGAGGAGACGUCCAGGUAGUCACAUAUCCCACCAACAUGGACGGAGUCGCUUUUGUCACUUUUGACAAAAUUGAAGAUGCAGAGAGGGUCGUGCGAAAGGAGCAACAGAUCAUGAUGGACAACGAGUUUCCUGACGACGUCCUUCUUACAGUGUUUCCCUUCACUAGAGAUGUGUUUUUAUACGUCCCCAGUGCUAUGGUUGACCUCUCUGUAUUCGGCAGAGAUCAAUCAGCGCUGAUUCAGAGUCUGCGUUUAGCUCACAGGUCGCUACGUUUCCAGCCUUUCCAUCAGGAGAUGAAAGCCACCAUUGAAGGGCCUUUCGCUGCCGUCCAGGCCCUAAGACAGGACCUCAUCUGCAGGGCCAGCCGGCUUAAAUCCACAGUCUCAGCCCAAACUGCUGCCGCCAAACUAAAAGAAACUCCUCCUAAUCCGAGGGUAAUACCUCAUCAGGAGUUUGUCAGCUCUGUAAGCUGCAGCGGUCCUAAAGCUAAGCUGGGACCAGCAAGCUCAAACUGCUUAUCAACGCUGCUGCAGACUACAGGUGAGGCGACUGAAGUCCAAAGCCUGCUCUCCAAUGCAAAAACUCAAAACGUUUCCUCAAGGCAAAAAGUUUCCCAUGAGUGUUUGGCUGUCGGGAGCUUUUGCGACAGUGAUAAAGAGGAAAGAAGAGAUCGGUCAAAUUUCGAAAUGCCCUCAGAAUAUAGGACCGAGAGAACAAAGGUCAACCCCAGACAAAUGCUUAAAACAGGGGUUAGAUAUUUCUUAUCAGGCCAGGACCUGCUCCUAGCAGACGAAAUAUCAGCAAAACAGCCAGGCGAAGACAACAUUUCCGAAAAACACCACAGCCUAGACAGGAUUUCAGCAACCAAGAUCAGAGAGAAUCACACAGGCUCCUGCUACAGCAAUACUGACUAUCUGAAGGGAUCAGAUCAGAGCAGCUCAGUCUUCACUGCUAAGAUCCUCCAGACCAGACUUACAAAUGUCUCAACGUCCUCCAAGAGCAAUACUGAGGAUACAAAAGAGCUGUCUGCAAUCUGUCCAGAGGAUCAGGAGGAUACGUGCAUCUGGGUCGACACAAUGAAACAUUUGACAAGAAGGCGUUUGACAGAUGCUUGAGAGGUCUUGAUGUGUCCGUUGAGUGUGAAGGUAGCGACCUCACGCGGAUAGUGUUGACUGAGAGGCAAACCUCCAAGACAGCCUCAAGAAUCCAGCAGAGAAACCAGGAGUUUUGGCUGUCAAUAUUAGGAGUUCAACAGAUCGACUACGCUGAGGAGGAGCAGCCUGAGAAACAGAAACUGAUUCAAGUCUGCAAUGAUGUGAAUUUCCUGUACACUAACGUGCUUGUACAUGUUGGAGGAUUCUUGCAUAAGAGUCAUCGGUCCUUCGGUAUCGAGUCCCCUGUUCUGUAAGAGGGUGGAGGAUAGAAACACUGUGAGAAUGUCAUACAUGAAGCAAAAAGAAAUUAAUGUACUUUUAUCUACGACCACAGGGUGGUGCAAUUGUGCUGCAUGUUGCCUUCACAAAAGGCAUUUUGAUUCCUGCGUUACACUCACACAGUUAUUUUUCAUUUUCCCUGGCUAAUAAUUAGAACUAUAGUACACUUAUAGAAGUGAUUAAUACUUUAUCUAUCAUAAUAUAUGUGUCCAUUACUCUGAGAACUCUAGUGCUCUUAUUAAAUUAUAAAACCCCAAUGCUUUUGCUUUUCUCUUUGUUUCCAUGGUGAAGCUUCCCUCCUGUUUAUGCAUGGGUAAAUAAUUAGGCCUUUAAACAACAGGUCUUAAUCCAAACGAUGUUCUCACAGCAGUAGGGAUAAGUCUUAAUUAACCUCCUCAUAUCCUUAUUACAAAAGAUAGGCUUCUAAUUAAAUAAACAAAAAAAUGACAGACGACAACCUGUCUCACAUAAUCACAUCUUCCUUUUCUCUUCCAGAGAUUCUUUAAUCAUUUAAUGGGAAUAAAUCAUUUUAUUUGAGG